UGCAUAUAUAAUAACUUUCGAGAAUCAUUUCCUUCUUCAUGCGUCGCUGGCGCGAGGAGUCGGCAUAUUCCUUGCUUGGGAGUUAACUAGAGUUUUGUUGCAGUUGCUUAAGCACGCGAUAGGGGACACAAUAUCCCGGACCUUUGCUUAACCGGGAAAAGUGUAUGCCAGAACGGAAACGACCGCCGCCAAAAUCCCUUGCUCUGGCCGCGCUGGUCCCGAUGUUGCUGGGAUCUUAACCGCUCAGUUUUGCUGCAUGACACGGUAGUUCCAUCGAAAUGCCUCGUCCUCCAACUCCUUCGGAUAAGUCCAAACAGUCCUCGGCCAGCAAGUCGUUUUUCGGGAGAAAGCUACACAAAGACCGCGGUGCAGACUCGAGAGGGGAAGGGACAUCAGACGCGUUCAGCGUUGCAGGGAGUGCCGCCGGAUCACGCUCUUCCAGAUACUCAAAACGCGACUCUCUAUAUGCGCUGGACCUUUCAAGUGAAGUGGAACCAACCUCCUCUGGAAUAAUCACCGCAAUACCUUACGAUAGCGUCCCCCCAAAUGCAAAGUCGCCGAUCCCGGUCGAUUACCUCCCGAAAUCCGAACCCCCAGCACGCAAAGAUCCUCCAAAGAGCCCCUACGAAUAUCCUCAAUAUUCUCCACUGAACAAUGGUCCAAUGCAAACCAAUUCUACUUAUCUCUCCGGUCCCAGGCCACCCCCACAUUCUAGCAUGGGUUACUACGAUAAACUGAGCAAAGCAUACAACUAUCCAUAUUCCACACCGGACUCGUCUGCCAAUUCGCGAACUUCCUUAGACCAGACGAGUGUCUAUUCCUCCGUAUCGUCUACGACCAGGACCUCCACCCAAGACGCCUCUGGGCGCCUUCUCUCCACCGGCUAUCCUAAUGAACGAUAUCCUCCUUCGUCAAGCGGUAGCGGUUAUCGAAAUGUCGAUCCCUAUCAAAAUAAUUGGCCUACCUAUACUACACCCCUUCAAAUGGCACCAGAUGGCUCAUUCCCGAGACCUAAAGACGAUAGGGUUGUCGAUCAGAUGUUCUAUGAGCUAAUGAUUAAACGAGGAUGGCAGAAUUUACCUGAGCAGGCGAAGAGACAGAUGUUGGCGUAUCCAACUUCCAAAAAAUGGACGCUGGUACAUCAGGAUCGACUCACACAAUGGCAAGGAGAACAGAAGCGCAGACAACACGCCCGGCAGACAUAUGGCUCGUUGGAUGGACCCAGGGGUCUGCUUGAUCGCGCAGAUGAGGAGGGAAGCCCGGAAUGGUAUGUCAAGAAAGUUAUGGAUGAUACAAUUACUGCGAAAGAGCUCGGAAGUUUAAGCGUCAGCUUGCGAACGCAGCCCAUAAGCUGGGUCAAAUCGUUCGUAGAAGCGCAAGGGCAGAUUGCUUUGACAAGCGUCCUUCUUAAAAUCAAUCGGCGGAAGGCUUCAGGUCCAGCACCCCCCACUGCUCAGUCCGGCGACAAGGAUCUAGAUCGCGAAUAUGACAUUGCGAAAUGUUUGAAAGCCCUAAUGAAUAACAAAUAUGGUGCUGAUGAUGCGUUGGCGCACCAGCAAGUCAUCGUUGCUUUGGCCAGCUCUUUAAUAUCUCCCCGCUUGACCACGCGCAAGAUGGUUAGCGAAAUCCUUACUUUCUUAUGCCACUGGGCCGAUGGCCAGGGUCAUCUUAAGGUUUUACAGGCCAUGGAUUAUGUUAAGAAUUUGCAAGGUGAAACUGGUCGAUUCGACGCUUGGAUGCGGGUUGUCGAAGUCAGUAUCGAUGGACGAGGCAAAAUGGGAAGUCUGGUGGGCGCCAGCGAGGAAUUCAAGAGCGGUGGUGUAGGAAUGGAGAACUUACUUAUGGAAUACGCCCUAUCGACAAUGUUCUUGAUAAAUAUGCUUAUCGAUGCUCCCCAAGAUGACUUGCAACUUCGCUGUCAUAUUAGGGCCCAGUUCACAGCAUGCGGGAUCAAACGACUUUUGGGAAAGAUGGAAGGAUUCCAGUACGAAUCCAUCGAAAAACAAAUAGAACGUUAUCGGGAAAACGAGGCCAUUGACUACGAAGACCUCCUGCAACGAGAGAGUAGUAGUCUCAAAGACGGCAUUGAAGGAGAAGUCGCUGACAUGAAUGACCCAGUUCAAAUCACAAAUGCAAUUGUUGAAAGGUUGCGAGGAAGUCGUUCGCAGGACUUUUUCUUAUCCGCCAUGCAACACAUGCUCCUUAUAAGGGAAAAUGCAGCGGAAGAUGGGCAAAGGAUGUUCCAGCUCGUUGACGCCAUGUUGAGUUACGUUGCAAUGGACAGGAGACUACCGGAUAUGGAACUGAAGCAGAGCCUUAAUUUCACCGUUCAGAGUUUGCUGGAUAAGCUACAUACCGAUUCCGAGGCCAGAAGGGCAUUUGAUGAAUCCCUUGAAGCACGCCAAAUUGCCGAAGCGGCGAUCGCAGAACGAGAUGCGAUGAAAGCGCAGAUCGAAUUGGGAGCCGACGGGUUGGUUAAAAAAUUACAAAAGCAAAUUGAAGAACAGAAUGGAGUAAUGGACCUCCAAACCCGCCAAAAUGAGUCCCUGAAGGCAGAGCUCGCGGAAGUCCGGCGGCUACGGGCUCAAGAGCUGCAACGCAACGAACUUGAAACUCGAGAACUAUAUCUGAUGCUCCGUGACGCUCAAGACGUUGCUGCUUCCAAAGCACGCACUGGAAAAGAUGGUAUUGCUGAAAUGGAUGCUGCGCAAAUGCAGGGCAUAUUAGACCGCGAAAAGCUCAUGGAGCGCCUUGAGAAACAAUUGGAACGAACGAAAACUCAGUUCAAAUUAGAAGGGAAAGUAUGGCAGCAGAAUGGACCGUCAGACCGAUUGCGAGAAUUGCGAGAGAGGAUGGACAGUAUGUACGCUGUAGACACUGAGCUCGACGAAGAGACCAGGCGCAAGUUCACGAAUAGCACACUUGGGACGGUUUCACGGAAGAGGAGUCAAGCCGGGAAAGAUUCUAGUGCUGAGGGUCAAAUGGAUAGCCAGCUUUCUGAUGUUGAAGAAGGCGAAGAGAUGGUCCAAGAAAAGGCACGCUUGAUUGAAAUCAAGCGCCCCCGGAUGAACCCGGAGCAGGCCACAGGUCUCCUGAAUGAACUCGCUUCAAAGGCUGAGAAAGUAGACCAAACGGACGAGGAGGAAGAAACGCCAAAGCCCGAUUCCUCGCCCGCGCCAGAGAAACCGGCAGCAAAGCAAGAAGGAUUCAAUGGGCCGCCACCUCCGCCUCCGCCUCCGCUACCUGGAUUUUCAGGAGGUCCUCCGCCCCCUCCACCUCCACCUUUGCCAGGCUUCUCAGGAGGGCCACCUCCACCCCCGCCACCUCCCUUGCCCGGAUUUUCCGGCGGUGCGCCUCCACCACCCCCGCCACCUAUGCCAGGAGCUCCAAUACCCCCUCCUCCCGGUGCACCACCGUUGCCGGGAGCUUGGAAGGGUAAUUUUCUAUCAUCUGUUCAAGCUCCAGGUACACCUGGUGUUGUACUUCCCUUCAUCCGACCGAAAAAGAAACUCAAGGCCCUUCAUUGGGAUAAGGUGGACACUCCAGAAAUAACGGUAUGGGCAGCCCAUGCCCCAACCCACGCAUCUAAAGAAGAAAAAUAUACAGAGCUUGCCAAGAAGGGGGUCUUGGAUGAAGUCGAGAGACUAUUCAUGGCAAAAGAGACCAAGCUUGUUGGCUCGGGCACUGCAAAGAAGAAGGAUAAAAAGCAAAUUAUCUCUAGUGAAUUGAUGCACAAGUUCCAGAUUGCCAUGGCCAAGUUCUCGCAAGUACCUGCUGAGGAACUUGUCCGCAUGAUUAUUCACUGUGAUACGGAAAUUGUGGGUAACAGUGUCAUUAUGGAGUUCCUCCAACGAGAGGAUAUGUGUGUUAUUCCGGAAAACACAGCCAAGCUUAUGGCACCGUAUAGCAAAGACUGGACAGGGCCAAAUGCUGCCACAUCAACCCGAGAGCAAGAUCCCAGCGAAUUGACGCGCGAGGAUCAGGUGUAUCUUCAGACGGCAUUCGAACUGCAUCAUUAUUGGAAAGCGAGGAUGCGAGCUCUUGCGAUGACGCUAUCAUUUGAAUCCGAGUACGAUGAACUAUCCGCUAACCUUCAGGAAAUUGUCAAAGUUUGCGAGUCGUUACGAGAUUCUGUUUCGCUAAUGAACGUACUUGGCCUAAUUCUGGAUAUUGGUAACUUCAUGAAUGAUUCAAAUAAGCAAGCCGUCGGAUUUAAGCUGAGCUCGCUGGCAAGACUGGGAAUGGUCAAGGACGACAAAAAUGAAUCGACUUUCGCCGAUCUUGUUGAGCGCAUUGUUCGAAACCAAUACCCCGAAUGGGAGAAUUUCCAGGACGAAAUUGGAGGUGUUAUCAAAGUUCACAAAGCAAACAUCGACCAACUACGUUCCGACGCGGAAAGAUAUAUUGGCAAUAUCAAGAACGUUCAGUCGAGCCUCGAUGCAGGGAACCUGAGUGAUCCAAAGAAAUUCCAUCCUCAAGACAGAGUAAACAUCGUGGUGCAACGCUGCAUGAAAGAUGCGAGACGGAAAGCAGAGCAGAUGCAACUCUAUCUCGAAGAGAUGUCCAAGACAUUUGAUGAUAUCAUGACAUUCUAUGGUGAAGACAGCACUGAUGAGAAUGCCCGGAGAGACUUCUUUGGAAAGCUCGCGGGCUUCUUGCUCGAAUGGAAGAAGUCUAAAGACAAGAACAUCGCUUGGGAGGACAACCGACGCCGAAUGGAGGCAUCUUUGGCCCGGAAACGUGUCAAUCCUGCCGUAACGAAUGGAGCCGAUGGGACAGGUUCGCAAACGGCAGCCAGCAGCGGAGCGAUGGAUUCUUUGUUGGAGAAACUGCGAGCUGCUGCUCCUCAGGCACGUGAUCAACGUGAUCGCCGUCGUCGUGCGAGGUUGAAAGAGCGACAUCAAGUUCGUGUAGCGUCGGGUCAGCGUAUGCCUGAACUUUCGCUAAAUGAUGGUGAGAAGCCCGAAGAGAGUACAGCAGUCAACGGAGAGCAUGCACAAGAGCCGGAGAAUAAACCGGAAUUUAGCUCCCCCACUGCUGAAGUUCAGGUUUCGGAGGGCGAAGAUGUUGCAGAUAGAGCGGCCAGCAUGCUCCAAGGUUUGCGAGAGAACAUGGACUCUGAUACGGCUCGUGCUCGGCGACGAGACAGCGCUGAAGAGGCAAGAAGGAAUCGAAGAAUGAGGAGGCGAGUAGCUGGGACCGCCACAACUAAAGAAGGGAGCCACGAUGAUUCUACUCCGUUACCACCAGUUCCGGAGCCAGAAGUCCCCGACGAUACUGCUACAGUUGAAAAGCACAAUCCAGAGUCGCCUAGCGAGGCAGAGCCAUCCAAGCCCGACGAGCCAGCGACGGAGCCUGCCCCUGCUCCAAACGAGAUGGAGAAAAAAGAAGAAACUUGAUAUUUUUUUUUUUUUUUUGUUUUAAGGUCUUGUAAAACACCACUCUUUUGUCGAACUGGGGUAUUUAGAUUUCAUCAUACACCUUAUAUCCUCGUUGGCAUGAACGUUACGCACUUCUCUUUUCUUAUUCGGACAUUUUACGGUUCUACACAUGUUUGGUCUUCAGCAUAGGUUUCUAUUCGACGCCUUGUAUUAUGCGAGCGCGAGACACGUGCCUUUCCAUCUUGCGGCUAAACUCGCCCCGUGUAUCUUUCCGGUUGAGUUAUGGAGUCUUUUUUUCCUGGUUAAUUGGAGGGUUGAGUGCUUGACUAUUUGGUAUCCAUGUUCCCCCACCGUUUGAUUUAUUUUCUUUUUUUCUUUUUUCUUUUAUUUUCUUUUAUUUAUUUUUUUCCCCCUUUGAGUCUUGUUGAGCUUUAGCCGCUGGGGCUUGGUUCUUAUGUUGCAUGUUGGAAGGGAUUUGCCCUUAUAGACGAAUUGUUAUCAUGAGCGCGACAGAUAUUAACUGGUUUACAAAAGAAGGCUGACGCGGCGA